CGUGUCUCUCUUCCUCUAUUCAUUCUGAAGAUUCUGAUCUUGAGAGCAGGCUACCAUGAGUGUGGAGAAGAAAGGACCCCGGCAGCCAUGCUGCUCCAAACUGAAGAUGUUUCUGGCCUCCUUGUCCUUUGUCUACUUUGCCAAAGCAUUACAGGGCAGCUACAUGAAAAGCUCAAUCACCCAGAUUGAGAGACGCUUUGAAAUUCCCAGCUCCCAAACUGGAUUCAUUGAUGGAAGCUUUGAAAUUGGCAACUUGCUGGUGAUCUCAUUUGUGAGUUAUUUUGGAGCAAAACUUCACAGACCCAGACUGAUUGGAUUGGGAUGUCUGAUCAUGGCUAUUGGCUCUUUCAUCACUGCCAUGCCUCACUUUUUCCAGGGACUGUACAAGUAUGAGACAACAAUCAAACAAUUCUCUGAGGUCAACGACACUGAAUCAGUUUUCCCAUGUCUUUCAAAUGGGAGCCAUUCACAAGAUGAUGAAUCUAGCACCACUGAAAGUCAAGCAGAGUGUGAGAAAACAUCAGGAUCAUCUUUAUGGAUUUACGUGUUCCUGGGUAACAUGCUACGAGGGAUUGGGGAGACACCAGUGAUGCCUCUUGGAAUGUCUUACAUGGAUGACUUUGCCAAAGAAGAAAACACAGCUGUUUAUAUUGCAUGUAUACAGAGUAUUGGUAUCCUGGGCCCCAUGGUUGGCUUUAUGCUGGGUUCCUUCUGUGCCAAACUCUAUGUGGAUAUUGGAGCUGUGGACUUAGACACCAUCUCUAUUAAUUACAAAGACUCCCGCUGGGUGGGAGCCUGGUGGCUUGGCUUUCUGGCAACUGGUGCUGUAAUGUUACUGGCUGGAAUCCCAUUCUGGUUCCUUCCCAAGUCAUUGCCUAAGCAACUAGGGGGCAAUGCCAGGAAAAACCAAGGUGUCCAUCACACUGAGCAAGAUUCUUUUAUCCCUGUGGAGAACAAAAACAAUCCACCACCAGAGAAAGCUGAACCCAUUAACAUGGUAGACAUGGCCAAAGAGUUCCUGCCAUCUUUAAAGAGACUUUUCAACAACUCUGUUUACGUGGUUAUCAUCCUCUUGGGUCUGGUCCAGGUCAACAGCUUCAUUGGAAUGAUUACUUUUAAGCCCAAAUACAUGGAGCAGAUUUAUGGCCAAUCUCCUUCCAAGGCUAUCUUACUAAUGGGUAGUUUAAAUGUACCUGCUGUGGCUUUGGGAGUCAUCUGUGGAGGUUUUGUGAUGAAAAGAUUCCAGCUAAGUGUGGUUGGUGCAACCAAGAUGUUCAUUUCAACCUAUUUUCUCGCUUUUCUCUUCAUGCUGAGCCAGUAUUUCCUGCACUGUGGAAAUGCACAAGUGGCAGGGCUCACUGUAUCCUAUCAGGGGAUUCCGGAUGUUUCCGCACAGCAGCAGAGUUUGUUGUCUCAAUGUAAUUCAGAAUGCUCCUGCUCUGUAAAACACUGGGAUCCAGUAUGCUCCUAUAAUGGCCUGACAUAUUCCACGCCUUGCCUUGCAGGCUGCCAGCUUUCCACUGGAUUUGGCAAGGAGAUGGUCUUUCACAACUGCUCAUGUGUUGCUGAGGCACCACUGCCUAGUAUGAACAUGUCUGCAGUGUUGGGUCAGUGUCCACGCAAAGAUGACUGUGACUACAUGUUUAAGAUUUACAUGGUGGUGACUGUACUAGGGGCCUUUUUCUCAGCUUGUGGAUCCACUCCUGGAUACAUUGUUAUGCUCAGGACUAUUGAGCCAGACUUAAAGUCUUUUGCUAUUGGAAUGCAAGUAUUAAUAGUCAGGACCCUGGGUGGAAUCCCUCCUACGAUAUAUUUUGGUGCUUUGAUUGACAGGACGUGUCUGAAAUGGGGAACAAAGCAAUGUGGAGGCAAGGGUGCAUGUCGACUUUACAAUGCUGAUGCUUUUAGAAAAACUUUCUUGGGCCUCAUCUAUGGACUGUCUAUUUUGGUUUUUCUGCUGUGGGCACUUCUAUUUAACAGAAUAUUACACCGGCAACGGAAGAUGGCAUUGCAAAACCAGACCACAGUCAAAGAGCCUGGAGCCAACAAUACAGCCAGUGAUAAUGAAAAUGCCCCUUCAGCUAUUGUAAAGUACAAGGAAGAGCUGGAUAGGGAGACUAGUAUCUGAAUUCUCAUGUGGCAAAAACAAACAUGUUCUAUAAGCUCUACUCAUGUUGAUUACAUGAUGAGGAUCUUGUAAAGUGUACAGUUUGUGAUGUUAGUUGUUCGGUACUAGAAUUGCUAGGAUUGUAUGUAGCCCUGAGAUUGCUUGUUACAACACACACACUUAGAAUGCAGCGUUUGCUUUGAUUUUAAUAUUAUAAAUUUUUUACACAAAAUCCUUAAAGUUUAUGAAAUUAGUCUGUUGCAUUGUCUGGUCAGUAAAACAAUCAGUAUUCAUAAAUGUGUAUGUCGAUUUAUUUAAGUUUAUUUUCACUAUACCAAAUUUUCAGCAAGUCAAAUGUUUACUUAAACCCAACUAACUGUUCCUUUGAACAGACUCUAAACAGAUUUUUUUUUUUUUUUAAAUGUGUAUUCCAAUUGUCACAAUUAGGACUUCAGAGGAAAUAAUUUAUGAAUGUGAAUGUAUUUACAUAAACUUUAGUAGUAUUAAAUGGCAGCACCUUAUGAUGUAUUGAGGAUUUUUCAAGUUAUUCAAAAUUAAAUAUGCCCACUUGUACAUUAGAAUAUCCCUUAGUCAUUAUAACCUUUCCCACUUUCCACACUGACCCUAAAUGUUUAAAUGACCCUUAACGCAACUACACUGGUCAGAAAAAGGGACAAAAUAAACAGCCCUAAUACUGUGCAAGAGUGCAGUCUAAAGGUUAUCAGAGGCUCAAAUAAAGUGUCAGCUGUCCCACUAUGCUAAUGGGUGUCACUAUCCUUCGAUGUCCUUUGAUGUCUGUCCAUAGUACACUAAGAUAAAAUUUAUGCUUUUCUCAAUUGAAAAUUUGUUCACAUGUUUAAAAAAAAAAGUUCUAAAGAAAAAACAUGUUCGUUUAAACUGACAAAAAAUGCUUAUUUCCAAAAAUAAUUUGGCUGUGCAUAGGCGCCCCCUAUUGGACAAACCACCAAAGUGCAGUGACAUUACUUGUAUAGAGUGUAUAGAGUGUAUGCAGUAUAUAUAGAGUCAAACAAAUUAUUAUUUUUUAUAGUGUUAACCAUAUACUAUAAACAGAAAAGAUUUAACACUUAAAAUUAACUUGUACUGUAAUUUGGUUCUAAAAGGCUCUAACUGUAAAACACCAAUCAGUGUGUGAAAUGUGCCAGUGAACAAUCAGCUUUCAUUAAUUUAAAUUUAAUGGAGCUAUUAUAAACAUAAUUAAAAGAGCUCUGCUACAGAGGCUAGCUACACAGAGAGUACCAGAAUUUUUUAAAUCUUGUUUCAACUACUGCAUUUAUUUAAAUAUAAACUUUCCUGUUACUCUACCUUUAGGGCAAAUGCCUGAUCAAAACAUUCAUGGUCAGUGUGGGGAGUUUUAAAAAGUUGCCCAGUCCUCCUGACAGAUUUGAUAAAACUCAUUAAGGUUUAUGGACCUUCCCACUUGGACAUUUUCAA